AUGGCCAAUUCUGUUAAUAUUUCUAUCGAGGCUCCUAUUGAAAAUCAGAUUCAAGAAAUCACCUACGAUGGUCAAGAAAUAUAUCAAGCACCACUAUCUAUGUCAGAAAACCUCGCAAGACUUGCACAAAAGAUAGACUUUUCGAAGACUGAGGAUGAAUUCUGUAAUAUUAAAAAAGAGGGAGAGAGUACUUUAGAGAUUAAAUCUGAAGAUGAGAGUAAAGAGCCGGGAUAUCAGUCAAGCCUAUGGCCAUGGGAUUCUGUUAGAAAUAAGUUAAGAAAUGCCCUUACUGAAGUGUGUGUACUGGCUGAUGUCCUAAGCAUUGCUAAAGAGAAGAGGUACAUGGUGCUUGAUCCAAUUCAGGCUGAGCCGAUAGAUAGCAGACCAAUGGUACAAGUGUAUGGACGUAAGAAAGCAUUAGGUGCUGCUGGAGCUGUUCUCUUGGCUGGUGUUGAACGACUGCGAGCUAGUGAGACCAUGAGAAUGACCCGCAAUAUGCCAGAUUUUCACAUAGACCUGUUGCGUCUUAGACAGAACUGGCGACUAAAAAAAGUCUCCAAUACAAUUGUUGGGGACUUAAGUUAUAGAACUGCUGGUUCUAAAUUUAGUCAGACAGGAGUCUUUGAGGUUACCAAAGCACCAGAAGAACAGAUAGCACAAGCUAUGAGUAUGAAUGCAUCUGGGCCGGCUCCAUCUGCAUUGAGAGUUACAGUCCCUCCAGAGUUACAAGGGGUGGCUUUUAUCUCAGUUCUCUGCCAAAAAGAGCAAGAAGAUGUAGUGACAGCAACCCUAAGCUCUUCAGCACUGAAUUGCCCUGGAACACUUCCUGGUGAUGGAGCAGAACUACACUGGCAGCAAAAAAUUAGAAGCAGCACAGAAUGUUCUUUUUUGCAAGGAGCUGUUUGCUCGCCUCGCGGCUGA